GCGGAGGCGUUACCACUUCCUUUCUGAGUGAGUUAGCGGACGCGACGUGUGGAGUGGAGAGAAGUGUUUUUAGUUCGUUUACAACCUGUAACCAUGGCCCCCAGCACGCAAGCGGACGACACCGUCUCCAGUGUAAGGAAAGGCAUUCGAGCCAUUCUGCUUGGGCCGCCCGGAGCGGGUAAGGGCACGCAGGCACCCAGGCUUGCAGAGAAGUACUGUGUGUGUCAUUUAGCCACUGGGGACAUGCUGAGGGCCAUGGUGGCAUCUGGCUCAGAGCUCGGUCAGCGGCUUAAAGAAACCAUGGAUGCCGGCAAACUGGUGAGUGAUGAAAUGGUGGUGGAGCUCAUUGACAACAACCUGGACACGCCUGCAUGCAAGAAUGGCUUCCUGCUGGACGGUUUCCCCCGCACCGUCAAGCAAGCAGAAAUGCUGGAUGGCCUCUUGGAGAAGCGUGAGGAGAAACUGGACUCUGUGGUUGAAUUCUCUGUUGAUGACUCUCUGCUAGUGCGCAGGAUCUGUGGGAGACUCAUUCACCAGCCCAGCGGCCGAUCUUACCAUGAAGAGUUCAGCCCUCCCAAAGAGCCAAUGAAGGAUGAUGUAACCGGAGAGCCUCUUAUUCGCCGCAGUGAUGACAACGAGACCACCCUGCGCUCCCGACUAGAGUCCUAUCACAAGCAGACGGCUCCUCUCGUGCACUACUACAGCGACCGCGGCCUGCACACUGCUGUUGAUGCUUCUCAGUCCCCCGACCUCGUCUUUGCCUCCAUCCUUGCUGCCUUCUCUGCUGCUACCUACAUGAUUUUGAUACAUCUGCUGCCUGUUGUACAAUGGCUGUAUGAAAUCCAGUUUCUCCCAUCCAGGUUGAUCCAGAUGUGAAAAUAAUGGAUGGGAGAAAGGGAGGAGCUGGAAGUGUCUCAGAUGUUUAUUUUGAUCAUGCCAUGUAGUGAAUGUGUUUUGGAAGAACACUGAUUUAACUGAAACCCAGUUGAUUACCUCCAAUAAACGUGGAAGACUAUUUUCUACUAUCUUACAUGAA